AUGACCGCAAACCUGAAGACCGUCCCUACAAAGGAGUAUGAUGCGGUGAUCGAGGCCGCCAAUAAGUACACUGAAGGCCUCCGAAUUGGUGACCCCGAUAUUGUCGCGCAAGCGUUUCACAAGGACGCCACCAUGUACGGCUUUAUCAACCCUCCCAAGCCAGACAUGCUUGCCGGUCCCAUCGACAAUCUCUACACUUUCAUUCGUGACAGCGGCAAGGCUUCCGGUAUCAAGACCCGCAAUGACAUUCUCGCCAUCACCCAAACCACCGCCGUCGUUCGCAUCGACAUGGAACAGGACGCUUCUGGUGCCGAUUACACCGACUUCCUCACACUUAUUAAGAUAGACGGCCGCUGGCAGGCUAUCGCCAAGGUUUUCCACAAGUAUGCAUAG